AUGGGUCGCUGGGGACAUCGUACGAUGACAAUGUGUUGGCCUUUACCACUGAAACUUGCUGAUUACGUACCAGGGCUCUUCGAGGCCGACGCAGACAUCGACUUUGCCUGUGAGAUCAGCGGAGACUUUGUGAUGAUGGGAGGUACCGAAGAUCUUGUGCCUUCGAACUUGAUCCAUCAAACCGACAUGCUGGCCCCUCCUGAAGCCAAGGACUACUACAAGACCAAAGAGUACCGCCUCAAGCUGGACAAUGACAUUGUGAGCAUCCGUAAUCAGCUCGACUCCGGUAUUGGCGAUAAACUCUUCGACAAAUACCGUGCCAAGGAGAACAACUUGGACGAGUUCGAAGGCCAAUACAAAGUCAUCAUAGUCGGUGCCUUGAUGAUGCGGGCCGGUGCCAACAUCAGCAAGGAGCAACUGCAGCACCUGCGGGACCUUGUUCCCAAUAUUGACUGCCAGUAUGGCUACGCCCUUCCUUUCGGCGACUUGGGUUUCCGUGAUCCGGGAAAGGCCCAGUUCCUUGCCGCUCUCGACAACUAUCAGCCGGGAGCCCCAAGGGACUAUCUGGAACCAAGCUGCUUCCACUGCGGAAAGGUCCGUGCCGACAUUGGCAAAGCUCCCAAGGGGUGCGGACGCUGCGAGCGAGCAUGGUAUUGCAACGUUGACUGUCAGAGGGCUCAUUGGAAGGUCCACAAGCCCCAGUGCAAGCACUUGAACGAGGUCAGCUUUCUGAACGUUUAA